AUGAUAAUCAAAUAUUUAUUAAUACCAAUAUUAAUUCCAUUACAAAUAAAUGCAUUAAGUGAUAUUUCGCCAGUUAAACAACAAGAAAACAUAUUUAUAGAUAACCAAACAGCUUCUGAAACAAAAUUAUUUUUACAAUCACCAACAGAUACUCCAAUAGAUCACAAUGAAGAUCUUGAAGCUUGUGGUUUCAUGUCAUUUGAAGAAUGGAAGAAAACUAAAAUAGAGUCAAAUAUAACUAAUGAUACAAUAAUCAAUAUAAAUCAAACUACUCCUCCCAUUAAUAAAACAAUUGAAAUUCAAAACUUCACCGAAAUCGAGGGCAAACUAUAUAAAGAUAAGUUUAAUUUUGCAUCUAUAGAUUGUGCUGCUACUAUAGUGAAAACAAAUUCGCAAGCGAAGGGGGCAAGUGCGAUAUUAAAAGAAAAUAAAGAUUCAUAUUUAUUAAAUGAAUGUUCAAUAUAUCAUAAAUAUGUAAUUAUUGAAUUAUGUCAAGAUAUCUUAAUAAGUCAAAUUGUAAUGGGAAAUUUUGAAUUUUUUUCAUCAAUGUUUAAAGAUUUAAAUUUCGAAAUUAGUGAUAGGUUCCCAACUAAUAAUUGGAAAAGUUUAGGUAAUUUUAAAGCUGAAAAUAAACGAGAUUUACAAGUUUUCAAUAUAAUGAAUCCUUUAAUUUGGGCAAGAUAUUUGAAAAUUGAGAUUCUAAGUCAUUAUGAUAAUGAAUUUUAUUGUCCAAUUUCAAUAGUUAGAGUUCAUGGUAAGACAAUGAUGGAUGAAUUUAAGGAAGAAAAAGUGGAGGAACAACCAAAGCAAAUUGUAGAUGAGUCAAUUUUCAUAAAUGAGACAUUAGAAGAUGAAUGUAAGAUUUUAUUACCUCAUCUACGAUUAAAUGAAUUCCUCAAGGAUUUAAACCAAACUAAAGAUUUUUGUUUACCGAAUGACUCAACAAGUACUUUAUCCACAAUCACAACACAAGAAAGUAUUUACAAAAACAUAAUGAAGAGAUUAUCAUUAUUAGAAUCAAAUGCAACACUUUCUUUAUUAUAUAUAGAAGAACAAUCCAAACUUUUAUCAAAUGCAUUUUCAAAUUUAGAAAAGAAACAAGUUAACAACUUUAAUAAUCUAAUAAAUUCAGUCAAUUUAACAUUAUUUAGUCAAAUCACAACAUUCAAAGAAAAUUUCAAUAAUCUAAAUAUUCAAUACCUAAAUUUAUUUAAAUUACAAGAAUCAAAUUAUAAAUCAUUUUGGUCAAAUUCAAAUCAAAAAGUUGUUCAUUUGACUCAAGAAUUAAACUUUCAAAGAAAACUAGUCAUAUUCAACAGUCUAAUCAUUAUAUUUUUACUAGUUUAUGUGGUUAUUACCAGAGAUAUAAAUAUCGAAAUUGAUAAAACUCAAUCAUCAGUAUUAAUUUCAUCACCAUUCCGUCGCAAAAAAUAA